GCAGCGAACGGACAAUAUGACGAUCUUGCUGGGGCGGUAGGUAUUGUAUUGUAAGGUGAAUGAUGGGUUUUUUUCAAGCAAAGCAUUUUGUGCUACAUAAACAUGACUGAAUCAGAGGAUAAAUAAUGUUUGGGGCAUGCACUUUGGCUUACCAUUUUUCACGCUUUGUUGUCGGAUGCGAAUUUUAAUCGGUACGACUAUUCUUCACCAGACACUAACAAUGCACGUGGAAGAUCCAAACUUAACAGGAUCUUUGGAUGAACAAGGAUGCACAAAUAAUUAUGACCAGGGACAUUUGCCGCUUCCCGCUCGCGCCCAGUGUGCUGCUUUGAUCGGUUGACAAGCAUCAUUUGACAGCACACCUGAACGCUAGCAAUCUUGUGCACGACUGUCAAGAGUGCGUAUUGUUUACGAUUUUACAAACGCGGGUUCGCAAGCAAUUUGUGUUUAUUUUCUAGUCUCGUUCCAUCGAUUCUUUUGCCUCAUAGAUAUCAAUUAAAAAGCAAAACAUUUAACGAAUAGGUACGUUAAACUACAUCCUUUACUUGAUUUGUGACUCGUGACUGUAUUGUGCCUGUGCCGAUAGUUUCAAACGCUUGCUACUUUUACGCGCGCUAUUGCCGGACAUCAGUGCUCUAUCACCAGCAAUCCCUUUAGUUUGUCGGUGUCGAUGCAGCGGAAAUUGCGAAAGAAAUGCAAAACACAAGCUGCGAACUAUCGGAAGCAGCAACCACAGCCGUGGAUGACGAAGUAAAUGGCAAAUAUCGGCAAAAGUACCGUCGAUUAAAACGAUACAUGACCGAUAUGGUGUUUGAAAAUGCUGCAUUAUGUGAUCACAUAGCACAGGUGCAGGAUAAAACGAGUCAGGUUAGCGAGGAGCGUCGAUUUCUGUUGAAAAAGUUGCUGGAUUAUGAAAAUGAACUGGAGACACAACUUGGUCGGCCUUGCAGCAAGCUGAACGAAUUGAUCGCGAACAGUUUACCACCGAAGCGACAGUACAAAAAGCGGGAUAAAAGUGCUACUGUUAAUGGAACACCAAACGCAAGCACCUCCGGCGAAGGCGGACCCGACACUCAAGAUACUCAGGGAACUGCGCCGGAUGGUGUGAUAGAAAAUGGAAAGGACGAUGAAACGGAUGGUAAAUCCGGUUCAGUUGAACCAAAUGGUGCGAAAAAUGGGCAUCGGGUAGGGAAAAAACGGGGACCAUCGGGCAAAGGUGAUGCAGCGGACGGUAAACCAAGAAGAAAGCCACGUGUUGGUGCAGUUUCGGCAAAGAAGCGCAUGGCUAACAUUACGGUUGACCAGUCGGGCCAUCCAGUGUACCCGAUCACGGUCGGUGGCUUUACUGUACAAAAUCUGGGUGAAAUCGUUCCAGAACGAGCGGCUUAUCAUACAGAGUGUACGAUUUAUCCUAUUGGCUACACAAUCACGCGACCGUACGGUCACUAUAAGGAUCCGGAAAAGCGGUGCAACUAUACCUGCCGCAUACUGGACGAUGGUGAAAGGCCACGAUUCGAAAUCGUACCCGAAUGCACGGAUCCCACCGGUGUACCGUCGGCAAACGAAUCGGACGAAAUGAAAGUGACGGGUGUGGCAGAGGAUACCAUCAGCGGUCCCACAACAGAUGUUUGUCAUGCAGAGCUGUUGCACAGGAUCAAUACGGCGCUUAACAUUCGCUCGAUUGAUUCCCGUCCGUUGGGUGAUUGGUUCUUUGGUCUAGCUCACCCGACCAUCGCGAACCUAAUACAUAGUUUUCCGAGUGCGAAAGAGUGUACGAAUUACAGGGGCAUCAAGAAGGAAAACACAGCCAAUGUGGAUAAAGAGAACGAUGAUCCGGCAAUCAGCUACGAUGCAUUGUUGCGACACAUCACGAUCUCGACGUAUCGUACGGUGCCGGAAAUUAAGGAAGAACCACCGGAUGAAUUGUUUGACCACUCGGACGGUAACUCGUUCAGCUUGUCGGUGUAGCUAAGUAUCUGUCAUUGAUGUAUAUAGACGAAAUGUAGUUGUGGAAAAAACAAGGGUGAAAAUAAUGGGUAAAUACAAUCGGUACCGCUUCAGGCGCACCGGAACUGUCGACACAAGGAAUAAAAACCCCAUUCCGCGGGGGCAUUUUAAACGUUCAUACAAAGCAGAACGGACGGAAGAAGCUUUUCCUUCCUUUUCUCAAUACCAAGGAAUACAUCCACCAGUAGGGCAAUAAAGCGAAACUCUUCUUUUCAAAAACUAUCCACCAGCGUUUUUGUUUCAAUAAGGAAAGUAUUCCUGUUGUGGCUGUUUAUGUUUUGAGUAAAUUUAUUUUCCUGGUCUGUUUCACAGAUUAAUUUGCGCAGCCUAAAAGGGCAGUCUUUCAUGUAUCGAACCUUCGGAGCGGUAGAUAAAAAAAUCAUACAAUUUACAAAACCUCCACUGUGUUGCCCGGUCCCGUUCCCGUCCUUGCUAACCACUCCCGAGGCGAGGUGUGCUGAUUCGAAAGCCUUUGUUUGAACCGUGCCUAGAUGCAAAAGCAAGCGGAUUAAAAGGCAAACUUCCUUGAAAAGAAAAUCCCACAUAAUUUGAUCAGCACUGUUAGCUGCAACCCACCAUUGAUCCUAUUCUUAUCCUGCUCUAAUGUGCAUCGUCCAUCGUUUUUUAUAUCACCAUAAUAACCCCCCACACGUUAUGCUAUAAGUACAUCACUAUACAGUUGAUCUACUUGUUUGUUUCGUUUAUACAUAAUCUCACGGAAAUCUUUACUGCCUAGGUUUGUUAUCGGUCUCAAUUCGACAUGAAAAGCGCAGUCCAUUGUUUAAUGUGUUUGUUUGUUGGUAGUACGAUGCGUUAGUUAAGAAUAUUAGUAAUGUUAGUAGUUAACGUUGAAUAUAUCAUUUUCUAUCGUCUAAGGCUCCACACACACACAAAACACGGUCGCCUUAAACGAUUUUCCUAUACGAUGCACUAUCGAUGCUGGACCAUCCCAAACGAAGCGCUGAGUCAAUGAUUGGACCGUCAAAUUUUAGCUUGAGUCGCGAGUGAAUAAAAUAAACA